CGCGCGCAGCAUCAUCGUUCAUCGAUCAGCAGUGACGCCUAAGUAAUCCCCCUUUCUCCGCUGCUUCUUUUUCUUGAAGGAAACUCCACUCUCUGCGGUCUACUCGACCCAACUCUCUGUGCAAGGCAAGAUAGGCUGCAGGCAUAUAUACACUCCAUCAAGCGCUCCUGAUAGUCAUCCAAUUCAAACUCGCGAACACACCAGAGCAGAGUCCGUUUUACAGACAGUCCAAUCCAAGCCUUUUGCAAGCAUGAAGCAGCAAGACGCCGCCGAGGACAUCGUCAUUGUCGGCGCCGGCCUGGCCGGCCUCGCCGUGGCCCUGGGCCUCCACAGGAAGGGCGUGAGGAGCGUGGUGCUGGAGUCCUCGCCGGUGCUUCGGACCUCCGGCUUCGCGUUCAUGACAUGGACGAACGCCUUCCGCGCGCUCGACGCCCUCGGGGUAGGCGACAAGAUGAGGAGCCAACACCUGCAGGUCCAGGGGGUGCGUGUCAUGUCUUCGUCAACCGGGGAAGUAGCACGAGAGAUUGAUCUCCGGGUGCAAGGAAAACUGGGACCUCACGAAGCCCGGUGCGUGCAGCGGAACGUGCUGCUCCAGGCGCUGGAGGAGGAGCUGCCUCGAGGCACCAUCCGCUACUCCGCCAAGAUCGCCUCCAUCGACGAGGAUGGGGAUGUCAAGAUCAUCCAUCUCGCCGACGGGUCGACGCUCAGAGCCAAGGUUCUGAUCGGGUGCGACGGGAUCAACUCCGUGGUGGCGAAAUGGCUGGGGCUGGCCAAGCCGUGCGACUCGGGGCGCACGGCCACGCGGGGCCACGCCAAGUACCCCGACGGCCAUGGGUUCGAGCCCAAGUUCAUGCAGUUCACCGGCAAUGGCUUCCGUGCCGGCCUCGUCCCCUGCGGCCUCACCGACGUCUACUGGUUCCUCACAUGGUCUCCUUCCCCAAAUAAGGAGGGGAUCGAGCACCAAGAGAGCGCGGCGGCGAUGAAGCAGUUCGUGCUGGGCAAGCUGAGGAGCAUCAACGCCCCGUCCGAGGUGCUGGAAGCCGUGGAGAGGAGCGAGAUGAACGACGUGCUCGUGGCGCCGCUGCGGUACCGGCCGCCGCUGUCGCUGCUGUUCGCAAACAUCAGCAAGGGGAACGCGUGCGUGGCCGGGGACGCGCUCCACCCGACGACGCCGGACCUGGCGCAGGGCGCGUGCCAGGCGCUGGAGGACGGCGUCGUCCUGGCCCGGUGCCUCGGGGACGCCAUGGCCGGCGGCGGCGGCGAGAGCGUGGAGGCGGCGCUGCAAAGGUACGCGGGGCUCCGGCGGUGGAGGAGCGCGCAGGUGAUCGCGGCGUCGUACAUGGUGGGGUUGAUGCAGCAGAGCGAGAACGCCGCGCUGAGGUUCGUGCGGGACAGGCUGCUGUCCGGGGUGCUCGCCAAGGUGCUGCUCAUGAUGCCGGACUACGAUUGCGGCACGCUGUGAAAGUCUCUCGAGCUGGAGUUGCUGUCAGAGUUGGUGGCUCGGUCUCUAUCAGACUGUCUGUUGAAUGUUGAUGCACUGUACUUUUUUUUUCUUCGGAUCAAGGGGACACCUUGGUCCAGUUUUGUUAGAAAGCUACCCAAACAGUUGUCUGUGCGCUUGCUUGAUGCUGUUCCUAUCAGUCGAUCAGUUUAAUCCGAUACCUUUUUCUAUAUAACAGCAGCUUAAUCA